AUGGGGAAGCAAACCAGUACAAGCGCGCCGGAGGAGCGCAGUGCGACAGCCAAGUACGCCGGCGGUUUUCCGCAAACAUUCGGCGAUUUCAAGGAUCAGUUUGUUACCGCGGAAAAUCCUACGCCGCAGAGUAUACCGCCGCCAAAAUACGGUGAUCAGGGAAUUAUUGGUGAAAAACACGUGUUGAUUAUGGUAGGGUUGCCGGCGCGAGGUAAAACGCACAUGGCGAAGCGACUGUGUCAGUAUUUACGAUUUUUCCACGGUGCGAACACACGCGUGUUCAACGUCGGUGAAUAUCGUCGUCGAGAUGCGGGCGUCGGUCAAACGGCCGAUUACUUUACCAAAGAGAAUGAAGAGCAGCGAAUGAAGUUUGCGCGAGCAGCACUGAAGGAUAUGAUUGACUUCCUGUUCCAGGAAGAUAGCAUGAGCUUUCUCGAGCAGCGCGGCGUCGACAGCGGACGCGUCGCAAUCUUUGACGCGACGAAUAGCACGCGAGAGCGUCGUAGAUGGUUGAUCGAGCAAAUCGGUACGCUACCACUGAAAGUGCUUUUCAUAGAGUCGAUAUGUACCGACGAAGCGGUGGUGGAAAAGAACGUUCGGAUGGCAAAAAUCAACAACUGCGAUUACUCCGGCGUCAUGACAGAGGAACAAGCGUUCAAAGACUUCAUGCAGCGCGUUCGCAACUACGAAAAAGAGUACGAGCCCAUGGGCAGCGACGAUGAGGUAGAUUUAAGCUUCAUAAAACUCAUAGAUUGCGGAAGGCGAGUCGAAUUCAAUCGAGUCCACGGGUUCUUGCUCGGCCGCGUGGCGCAGUUUCUUUCGAACAUGCACGCGACAACGUGUUCGAUUUAUUUGUCGCGACACGGGCAGAGCGAGUAUAAUUCGCACGGUAAAAUCGGUGGUGACUCUGGACUCACUCCGAUGGGCGAGGCGUACGCGCAGAAACUCGCAGAGUUCGCCGACCGAGUGAUUACCCGUGAUCCAGAGAACGGCGAAGCACGACCGGUGAGGCUUUGGACGUCGUCUUUGCAGCGCACCAAGCUCACUGCGCGUCAUCUCAAGCACGACAAAGUGAAAACAGGCGGUGGUAAAGAUUGGAUCCAAAUGGCUCCGCGCGUGCUGAGAAAUCUCGACGAGAUUUACGCCGGCGUCUGCGACGGUAUGACGUACGAAGAAAUUCGCGCCGCAUAUCCACGCGAAUACGAGCUGAGACGACAGAAUAAGCUCUCGUACCGCUAUCCGCGCGGUGAGAGCUACUUGGACGUCAUCGCACGCCUGGACCCUCUGGUGCAAGAGCUCGAGAGUUAUCGCGAGGACGUGCUCAUCGUCGGGCAUCAAGGCGUGUUGCGUUUAAUUUACGCCUACUUUGCCGGGCUCGAUCGCGACGAGGCCGCGACGCUUUCGAUUCCUCUGAACACAGUCAUUAAGCUCACCCCUCGCACGCACGACUGCAUCGAGGAGCGUGUCUUGCUGCACGAUCCCAGCGAAAACCAAGAACCGAUCGAUCCACCUAGCUACUAA